UUGAGAAUUUGCUGUAGCAUUUUAUGUAUUUUCUGGCAACUAUUAUUAUUAUUAUUAUUAUUAUUAUUAUUAUUAUUAUUAUUAUUUGGAAUACUGUCACGUGGGGCAGUUGCUGGUUGCUUUUGCGAAACUACAACCUGGUCAGAGUGCUGCUGAUUUUGAGGAUGGGGCACUCCGUCUGAUUCCCCAAAACCUUCUCCACAUAAGUGUUUACUGGUGUCAUGGAGCCGAACAGCGUGCUCACUCUGUCUCCAGAACUGGACAUAACUGAACCCCACAAGAUGGCAGUAACUUUCAGAAUACCUAAGAGGAAACCAUCUUCAGACUCAAAGUGCAUGCACAUGCAGUCUCCUUUGUCACGCCUUUCUAAUUCUGGAUAUGGAAGUGAUAACAGCUUAGAUAAGGUGUGUUGGAGUCAGUCCCCUAAUGAUGCCAGAAGGAAAAAAGACUUGCCACCUUUCAACAGAAGUAACAUUUUCCUCAAUAAUCAGGCAGCAAAAAACAGAGCGGCAUGGGCCUGCAGGAAUUCCAAAGUUGCAUUGACGGAUGUCUUGCUGACUGAAAAAGGGCGACAUUAUUUAAGCAGACAGCAAAACACUGAUUGUAGUUCGACACACACCGACCGGUCUAACUCUCAAUCACCCCCACCCUCCUCUUCAUGUGAGAUAUCAGUGCAAAGCAUUGCACCGACUGCAGCUCGUCAAACCUCCCCUUCAAAAAGGGGACGGUCCAGGAGAGCCUCCGAUUCCUUGGUACUUCAGAGGAAUGAGAAUUUGAAAACAAGAUCAGAUCAUUUUCCUCUGAGGAGAUCCAACGUAGAAUCCAAAGAUUCUCCAGCAACAAGCAAGGGAAAGAGUCAGCAAUCCAGUGAAAGUAAAAGGACAAAUGAGAAGUGCAGUGAGACUAUUCUUGGAUUCAGUGAACUUAAAGAUCCUUCCUCGGAGUGCCACAAGAGGAGAAGAUCAGAAAAUAGCAUUCCAGAUCCCACCGUUAACAUGGAUCAGGACCGGACCCUGACUCCACACAGGGAGAGAAAGUACAGCAUUGAGGCCACAUCACCCGGCAAGAAACAAGAAACUGAAAAGGGGCUUGACGGACAGCGAACCCUGUGCAAGGAAAGUGUUCUGAAGGAGUCUGGACGAGCUAUGGGGAUUGAAAGAAAGAGGCUGUGCUUUGAGCAAGAGGCAGAAUCCCGUCUCCUCGGUCAACAGAUGGAAGAGCAACCAACCCUGCAAGAAGCAAAAGCUCACAGGAAGCAUUCUCCCACAGGCAGUCCAGAGAGUGAUGCAGAAAGACGAAUGUGUAAAGAGAAAUCUGUCAGCCUUAGGGCACAGCGUUACAGAACUAAGCCCAAGAAGCCCUCAUCGUGUUCGAGUGAGCCUAUUGUACUCUCUAGCGACGAAGAGGAAGGAAAUGUCUGCCCCACCAGCUCUUCCUCCCUGACUCCCACCAUCAGAUGCCUGCGGUUACAUGCCAAAAAGACCCCCAACAGCAGAGACUUGGGCACAGCCAGUGAGCCCUCUGGCAGCGAGUCACAGACUGGGAACACAAACGAGAUCAGUGAGGGUCAGAUGACAGAUGUGAAGACAUCCAAGGGUUUAAAAACUCCAGUUCCUUGCAGGAGGGAGAGCACAAAAGAGAGGGAUGCCUUGUUAGAACUGAACUUCACUGCUGUACAUGUGGGAAAAAUAAAAGGGGUGGCGCAUGGCUGCAUUCAAUUUAUGGCUAACAGUAUCAUAAUACCUCUGAAAGAUCCCGAAGAAGAGUGUCUCUCGUUGUCAGUGGUGACAUCCCAGUUACAGAAGUAUGGAAUAUGGAAUCAAAGCUCUGGGGAAGACCCAAGUGAAACUCACACAGUCAUCUUCCUGUGGGUCUCUGGGGCUCAGGCACAGUUGAUUCAAAAGGAAUUAUCGGCAAUCCACCCAGUGGAACAGCCCUCUAAAUCCAAUGAGUUUCUCUUUGUUGAACUGUGCACGCCCCCUGACGAGGAGCAGCAGCAGAUGCUGAAGGAGCUGAUGUGUGAGACGGGCAGGAGAAGUGAGAUCCCCAGCCUGUGUGCUGCGGUGCCCUGGGAGGAGGGCCAUGCUCUGCUCCAGGGUGUCUCCAGUGACUGCCCCUUCAUCUCCUCCUGGUGCCUAAGCCAGGUGCAGAACCGGGAGCAGGAGGAGAGUGCCCUGACCCCACCUUCCACAGGCUCUCCACAGGAGGAAUGGACUCAGCCCACACCCAGCUACACUCUCUGUCACCGGAGAAUGAAGGAUACCUACUCUGUUUCAGUUGGUUUGAGACCAAGCAAACUUUGGAAGGAGCACAAGUACACGGGACCAUUGACAAAACUGAUUGUGUUCCCUCCCCCUCCUACCAAAGGAGGUAUCGCCGUCACCACUGAGGAUGUGGAGUGCCUUGACAAUGGACAGUUUCUCAAUGAUGUCAUCAUUGAUUUCUAUCUGAAGUAUUUAAUGAUUGAAAAAGUGCCAAAUAAUGUUGCUGAGCGCACACACAUCUUCAGCAGCUUCUUCUACAAGCAGCUGACCAGGAAAGACACCCCAAAAGAGGGGGCGGCAAACAUCUCAGCUCCGCACAGGAGACACCAAAGAGUGAAAACCUGGACUCGACAUAUAGAUAUCUUUGACAAGGAUUUCAUCUUUGUACCAGUCAAUCAGGAGGCACAUUGGUACCUGGUUGUAAUUUGUUUUCCUGGGAUGGAGGAACCAAAGCAUGAAGACCGAAUCAACCAGUGCCCCAGGAAGAAUGGAGAGAGGAGCAGUUCAGAGGAAGAGCAGGGUAGUACAGAAUUUCCCAAAGCUACAUCAUCAAGCGUGAAUAAGUUACAGGAUUUACCGGAAUGUACAGAAAAAUACUGUCGAAGAGCAAAGGUUUAUAAAAGGCCCUGUAUUCUCAUAAUGGAUUCUCUGAAAAUUUCAUCACAUGAGCGCACAGUCAAACAAUUAAGAGAGUAUCUGCAGGUGGAAUGGGAUGUCAAGAUGGGGACGCCCAGGAGUUUCACAUCAGACCAGAUGACAGGAUCAAACUGCAGAGUACCGUUGCAGGACAACAGCAGUGACUGUGGGAUCUAUCUACUGCAGUACGUGGAAAGCUUCCUGCAGAAUCCCAUAGUCCACUUUGAAUUUCCAGUUCAGCUAGAAAAGUGGUUUCCCCGACAGGAGGUAAAGAGAAAACGGGACGGGAUUAGAGACUUAAUUCUGCAUCUCUACAGACAACAGAAGAGCAGCAGCUGAUGAACAUAGUGGCUGAACCUUUCGCAAACACUGCACAAGAUUACCAGAAAGCUACUUGCCAGAUUUCAUUAUGUGCACAAACAGAAAUGUGUAUGUAGUGGCCUACGUGUUUUAAAUGUUUUUGUUUUAAAUGUAUACCUUUUUAUUAAUGGUUAUUAUAAAAACAAAACAA